AACAACGCUUCCUCUACGCUCGUGCGGCACUGCUACGCAUUGACGCGACGGCUGGCACGUCUCCCGAGAGUGGUGCGAGAUCCCAGUGUAUCAGAACGAGCUGAGGGACGACGUAAAUGCAGGCACGAGCCUGAUCCGCGCGCACAGAGUGACGCCUGGCGGCCUAUCGACGAGCAUCGCAAUCGUGCAUUCGAAAAAUGGCUGACAGCGGGGAUGGUGUGAACAACACGUCGUCCGGGAAAGAGACGAGAAAUACACUUACCGACGGUCCGGUCACCGAUCCAGCGUCUAACACGAAGAGCCUAGAGGCAUCAAAUAAUGCCUUUCACGGCGCGAGAACAAAAUUAGACUCAAAAUCCGGAGCGCUGAAAAAGUCCAGCCGUUAUCGGAGCCGCUCUUUGUCAGCUAGCAGUACCGAUAGUUACAGUUCUGCCUCUUAUACAGGAAGUUCGUCCGACGAGGAUGAUGUGUCACCGCGCGAGAAGAUCCAGAAGGCGGAGAAGGGCUUUACGGAUUUCUGCGUGCGCAACAUCAAUCAGCAGGCUUUUGGUCGCAGAGAGAUCGAGAUCGCCGAGCAGGAAAUGCCGGGGAUCAUGGCACUGCGAAAACGCGCGGCGGAUGACAAGCCACUGAAAAACGCCAAAAUCGUGGGAUGCACUCAUAUCAACGCGCAGACUGCCGUUCUGAUUGAGACACUAGUGGAAUUGGGUGCGCAAGUGCGAUGGGCGGCAUGCAACAUUUAUUCCACGCAGAACGAAGUGGCCGCGGCAUUAGCGUACGCCGGGUAUCCGGUGUUUGCGUGGCGCGGCGAAACCGAGGAAGAUUUCUGGUGGUGCAUUGAUAAAUGCGUAGCGGCUGAGAAUUGGCAGCCUAAUAUGAUAUUAGACGACGGUGGUGAUGCUACGCACUUAAUGCUCAAGAAAUACAACGCCAUGUUCAAAAUGAUUCAAGGAAUCGUCGAAGAGAGUGUCACGGGUGUUCACAGACUAUAUCAAUUAUCAAAGGCAGGUAAAUUGUCAGUCCCCGCGAUGAACGUGAACGACAGCGUGACCAAAACAAAAUUUGACAAUCUUUACAGUUGCCGCGAGAGCAUUCUCGACAGUUUGAAAAGAUCUACCGACAUCAUGUUCGGCGGGAAGCAGGUUGUGAUAUGCGGUUACGGGGAGGUUGGAAAAGGAUGUUGCCAAGCUCUCAAGGGCUUGGGUUGCAUCGUAUAUAUCACCGAGAUCGAUCCUAUAUGCGCUCUGCAGGCUAGCAUGGACGGCUUCAGAGUGAUGAAACUCAAUGAAGUGAUUCGAAAUGUAGACAUUGUUAUUACAGCGACGGGCAAUAAAAACGUAGUUACGCGCGAGCACAUGGACAAAAUGAAGAACGGAUGCAUCGUGUGCAACAUGGGUCACAGCAACACGGAGAUCGACGUCAACAGUUUACGUACGCCCGAUUUGACUUGGGAGAAAGUAAGGUCGCAAGUAGACCAUGUUAUCUGGCCGGACGGUAAGCGCAUCAUCCUGUUAGCGGAAGGUCGUUUGGUGAACUUGUCGUGCUCGAGUAUUCCAUCCUUUGUGGUGUCGAUUACUGCCGCUACGCAAGCAUUAGCUCUCAUUGAACUAUUUAACGCGCCACCAGGACGAUAUAAGAGCGACGUUUAUUUGCUGCCAAAGAAAAUGGAUGAAUACGUAGCGUCGCUGCAUUUACCCACAUUCGACGCGCAUCUGACGGAAUUGACCGACGAACAAGCCAAGUACAUGGGCCUCAACAAAGCCGGUCCGUUCAAGCCUAAUUACUAUCGCUACUAAAAAACCAAUGGACGAGUAAAAUGUGGCAUUGACUAGCACGUGCGACACUCACUCAACAUUACACAUCUUCACAAAUAUUAAAAAAAAAAGUCAACCACCCUUCCUCCUUGACUUUGUACUUGAAGUCAGCUUUCUUUUUAUCCCACUGACGUUCUCUCCUCAUAAAAUCGAUAAAAGAUUUUAUUUAUGGUUCAACCUUUUCGUAGAGAGAUCCGCGCGACGUGAUUCUGUUGUUAUCGUGCUAAUCAUCCGCAAGGAAUGCGUUAAUAACGUCAUAAUGAACACACUGAUCUAGCAGUCACCCAAUAAUCGAUAUUAGAAACCUCCAACAGGGUUGAGCAAAAGUUUUUUCUGUGAUAUUUAAUCAAAUAUCAAAUAGAAUACACAAUUGUUUCAAACAGCAUAUCUUAUAUUUUUCAGUUAUAUAUCAGAAAUAUUCUGCUCAGCCCUGGAAUUGACAUAAUUGAGUUUAUGUAUCCGAUUAACUGUCGUAAUAAUAGUUUUCCUUUUCGAGUGCUUGCGCAUAGAGCCUACGUGAGAUGAAUGGCGUUGAGAAAGAGGCACUUUGCCAGAUUGUGCACGCCAGCAAAACCAUGCACGCAAACCAUAAGUUGACCACUAUUAUAGAUACAAAUGCUAGUCGUGUGUAUAAUUUGCAAGCCGGAGUGCUAAUUGAAAUUGUAUCUGUCCACUAAAUACUACUUUCAGUAAGUUCUAGCAUUAUCAUUUGUAAGUGAUAUGAGCGUUUUAAUGAUAUUGAGAAAAAAAAAAUAAUAUAUAUGUAUGUUGCGUAUAACGUAAAUUAUAAAAAAAAAGGAUCGCAAGAAUGUUAAAAAAAAAGGAAGAUUAUGAGAAAUUUACGAGGAAAUUUGAUUUUUCACUUUUGGCGGAAAUCGUCUGGCCACACUCAAUUUUUGAAAAUUUAUGCUCUUAAGCUCUUGUUUCAUAACACUGCGCAUGUUACAUAUAAAUUUUAUAUACAUAUAUACGUUUGACUAUUUACUAGCGCGUACCGUGUAGUGCGUGCGCGUGCUGAUGCACGUUAGUCAAUGAAUUUGUUGUGCCCUUAUAGUAGCAAAAUUGUAUACGCGGUGUGCCCGCCAUAAACGAUAUAUCAUCCGCAACUAUUUAUACACCUUUCCCGGAGAUGCGGGACUGCCGUAAUUUACAGGCGACUAAUCCACUGUACAUACCUAUUUAAGAAGAGAAAAACACUAACACGAAAUUAGGCGAUAAGUUGUAGAUUAUAGCCUGUUAAUCUCUGGUUAUAAUUGUUACUCUUGCCUUGCGUGCGACACGAGAAACGAUUUGCAUACCCCACGUUUAGGAGAAAUAAAAUGCCUAUAAUAUUUAGAGAAAUGGUGAUACACAAUUGUUCUUCUUUGGAUACCACCCGUACCUCUCUCAAUAGCGAUUGCGAAUCAAAAUCGCGAUCGAACGCGUCGAUUCGUGGCUUCGAAUUAUUGACAAUAUUAAUCGGAAGUAUAAAAUACAUCCAAUUUUAUAUUUUGUCGCAACAAUAAGUAGCGGAUUACGGACUGAUUCAUUCCAAUUCAUCAGACAAAAUCCUCGCGAGACGGAUUGAAACGAAUUAGAAUAAAUCGGUCGGAAAAGCGAUCGGAAUAAAUUUUACGCAGAUUUUCAUAAAUGGAUGUUUAAUGUAUAUGUACAAUAACGAAAUUAUUCGCAAAAUCUCUGUAAACGAUAUAAAACAAAUCGAAAAACAGAACGUAUAUUAGAAGCGAGAAUAGGCAAGAACAAGUUUAGGAUAGAGAAAAUCAAUAUGGCAAUGUUCCUACUACUCGAGGCCAGAGGUCAACUCCGUUAUAAAUAUAUGUACUCACACAUACGCAUACGUACACACAUUCACUCGCACUCACACGUAUAUAUACAUUGUAAAAAUAUGUAUAAGGCAAAUCGUAACGUCGGCUAAUCGACGUUUCGCUUCAGACACGACAAAAGCGAUACUUGGCAAAUAUUAUUAUUCGUUUUCGUUUACUUUCAAGGGAUUCGUUACAAUAACUUGGAACAAGAACAAUCAUGUCGUCCUGACAUGGGUAUUACUGAAAUAUGUGCAUAGAUACAUAAUGGUGGAUCUUAAUAUUUACAUAUAUCGGUAUUUAAUAAUGAACUUGAUUGCGUUUGAUGUUGAGUGAAUAAAAUGUGAAUGCAAUAUUGAAAUACUCCUAUAAUUUAAUUCCAAGCUGAAAAGCAGCAUUGAUCGUUCUAGUUCCAAGAAAAUUUACUUGAUACAUGCACGCUCGAUGACAAGUUGAUAAUUAAAACUAAUUAGAUAAAGAGAUUGAUUAUACAUACUAAGAGAACAAUAUUCCGUUAUUAGAUUAAUAAGCAAGAGAAAUAUUUCCAAGUAUAAUCAGAGAUUAAAUUAAAUAUGCAAACAAACAUGCUAAUUUUAUUUGCAUAUAUUUGCGCGAUUUAUCAAACAGUAAAUAUAGAAUCGAUGUGUGUGUUGGGAGGUAAUCUGUGUAAUUGUGUACACAAAAUAUAUAAUAUGUAGUAUGUUCUGA